UAUAUCUCGAAUGUCCCAAACUCAAAGGACAAAUUAAGACAAAGAAAGAAAAUUCCAAACCAGACAAGAAAUCCUCUGUAUUGUCUGAUCGGGUCUGCAAUAUUUUACAAUUUUCUUCUGUUUUCUUUUUGUUUUCUGCAAUCAAACAUGAACAAAGAUGUCUCUAAGCGGAUUCAUGUUUGUUUCUUCCCCUUCAUGGCUCAUGGCCACAUGAUUCCAAUUCUAGACAUGGCCAAGCUAUUCUCGAGCAGAGGAGCCAAAUCAACAAUCAUCACCACCCCACUCAACUCUAAGAUCUUGGAGAAACCCAUUGAAGCAUUCAAGAAUCAGAAUCCUGAUCUCGAAAUCGGAAUCAAGAUCUUCGAUUUCCCUUGUGUAGAGCUUGGAUUGCCUGAAGGAUGCGAGAAUGUUGACUUCAUCAACUCAUACAAAAAACCUGACUCAGGUGACUUGUUCUUAAAGCUUAUUUUCUCUACCAAGUAUAUGAAACAACAAUUGGAGAGUUUCAUUGAAACAACCAAACCGAGUUGUCUUGUGGCCGAUAUGUUCUUUCCUUGGGCGACGCAAUCCGCGGAGAAGUACGGUGUCCCAAGACUUGUGUUCCACGGCACAUCUUUCUUUUCUUUGUGUUGUUCUUAUAACAUGAGGACUCAUAAGCCACACAAGAAAGUCGCUACGAGUUCUACUCCAUUUGUAAUCCCUGGUCUCCCGGGGGACAUAGUUAUCACAGCAGACCAAGCAAAUCUUGCCGACGAAGAAACACCAAUGGGAAAGUUCAUGAAAGAAGUCAGGGAAUCAGAGUCCCUUAGCUUUGGUGUUUUGGUGAAUAGCUUCUACGAGCUGGAAUCGGCUUAUGCUGAUUUUUACCGUAGUUUUGUUGCGAAAAGAGCUUGGCAUAUCGGUCCGCUUUCGCUAUGCAACAGAGAGUUUGCGGAGAAAGCUGAAAGAGGGAAAAAGGCAAACAUUGAUGAGCAAGAAUGUCUCGAAUGGCUCGAGUCUAAGACACUUGGUUCGGUAGUUUACAUGUCCUUUGGCAGCGGAACUAGCUUCACCAACGAGCAACUGUUAGAGAUGGCUUUCGGUCUUGAAGGUUCUGGACAAAAUUUCAUCUGGGUGGUUAGGAAAAAUGAAAACCAAGGUGAAAAUGAAGAGUGGUUGCCUGAAGGGUUUGAGGAGAGGACGAAAGGCAAAGGGCUGAUCAUACGUGGGUGGGCACCACAAGUGUUGAUACUUGACCACAAAUCAGUUGGAGGAUUCGUGACGCAUUGCGGGUGGAACUCGGCUAUGGAGGGCAUUGCCGCAGGGCUGCCUAUGGUGACUUGGCCGAUGGGUGCAGAACAGUUCUACAAUGAGAAGCUACUGACAAAAGUAUUGAAAACAGGAGUUAACGUAGGAGCUACGGAAUUGGUGAAAAAAGGUAAGGUGAUUAAUAGAGAGGAAGUGGAGAAGGCAGUGAGGGAAGUGAUAGCUGAAGAAGAGGCAGAUGAAAGGCGGAAACGCGCUAAGAAGCUAGGUGAGAUGGCGAAAGCUGCUGUUGGAGAAGGAGGGUCUUCUUAUAAUGAUUUAAACAGGUUUAUGGAAGAGGUGAAUAAUAGAAAGUAGAAUAAAGCAUAAUAUGAUUUUAAUGUUGUGAGAUGGAUUCUUGACUUAGCUUUGGCUACUACCGUUGCGUUUGUUAAGAGAGUCUACAUAAUAAAAGGUUUUAAAUUAAGUCAACCGUAUAGAUUGGAAAAAUGUAUUUGGUUUUCUUUUAUGGCAG